GUCAUUGGCAGAACCUAUCACUGACCGUCUCUUACAAUAAAACAUGGUUAUACGAAUCAGCUAUCUCAUCUCAUCUCUCUUUUCUCCCCACACCUUUGUCCCCUUAGUCUCAUAGCAACAUGAUGCCGUCCUCACCACAAGUUUCACAGGUUAUUGCUGUUCUUGAGAAGGAAAGGAGUCGAGCUUUUGGGGUCUACUAUGAACCUGAAGCAAAUAAAUUCGAAACUUGGAUUCAGCUGCGCGACACUGAGUCUAAUUCAAUACGCCAUUAUGCUGUUAAGAAGAGAGCAUGUCGUUAUAUACAGAGAAUUUACAACUGUAGCAAAGAACUCUUCACGCUAUGCGCGUUAGCUAUCACAUGGACAGCCCUCGGCGGUGUACGCACAGAGGAUGACGUAUUGGAUAUCAUUAAAUGGUGGGAAAAGGUGGAACAUCCUCUAUGCCUAGGGAAAGUUCUCAGUGAUAAAUUGUCGAGGUUGCAUGGAUUUGAUCCAGGUAUAUAAACCGUUUCCAUGAAUACAAUUUGGAGCUGAUCUUAGCAGGUCGAUCCCCUAAGCGUGCGCGAUACUCAGAGCCCUUUCCAGCAGACAAAUCUCUACCAUUUAGUACGUGGUACCUUACAAUAUGAGAAUAACUGCUGAUUAACUUGUCGAUGAUCUAUACUCACUUGCGACUUCCUCAGAUGUUGACCCGGAAAUCACUCCGCGCCCGAACGGUACAACCGCUACAGGAUUGAUAGAUCCACGCAAAGCAGAGCCAGGUAUAUCAGCCUUCGGAGAUGUCUCCAAUAUCCAAGAAAUUCAGUCGGACCAGCGGCCACCAGAUCGAGACCACACUGAGCACAUCACGAACCCUGCUACAAUUCCACACAAUGCCCCGGGUUUGUAAAGUGCACCUCGUAUAGUAGCCUUGCUGACCUGGAUGCAGACACUGCUACUCUGACUGCUAGGGGGAAGGGCUUUAAGGUGGAAAUGGAAACCAAGGAUCUGUUUAACUUCUUGCUAUCAUAUGACGGAGGUUGUAAAUCGGUGGAAAUGGUGUGCCCAUUUGGUGGAUUGCCAUUACCAUCUACGGCAAUAAUAUUCAAGUCGUCAGAAGAAAGAGAUAUAAAGAUGGAAUUUUCUCACAGGUUAUGCCACGAAAUUCUAAAAAAUGUUAAAGCUAGCGUUGCAGAAGAUCAGGGAUUGGCUCAUGCCUCCUUGUAAUGAAAGUAGCGGAAUACAGGUCUUCCUAGUAUUACACAUGUUUGCCC